AUGGCUUUUAGCCGCGUCAGUAAACUGGACCCCCCGUCCCGUUUCAUCAUCUCCAGGAGAGCGGCGGUCAUGCUGUGCUCCCUCCUCACCUCCCUCUUCCUCCUGCACUGCCUCACGGACCGCUGCGGCACCUCCUCACCGGUGAAAGCGUCCUCCAGCCGGCACUUCGAGGAGUUGCGGUCGGUUAGGAGUAAGAGACUGGUGUAUGAAUGGACAACCGGGUCGGAGCUGACGGGGUACGGGGCUUCCAGGCGCUCCUCGAGGGUCCUAACGGAUGAGCGCGCGGGGCAGACGUUGGAGUCUUUCAUGUUGCCGCCUCCGGAUUUAACCGUCGCCCGGAGAGUGUCGCCCAGGUUCGCCGGUAAACUCAGCCCGCUCGGGGAGGGGAGCAAGAAGCUGCCCCAGGCUCUCAUCAUCGGGGUGAAGAAAGGGGGGACCCGGGCUCUGCUGGAGUUUCUCCGGGUUCAUCCAGACAUCCGAGCCGUUGGAGCUGAGCCGCACUUCUUCGACAGGAACUAUGACAACGGACUGGAGUGGUACAGGUAAAAACUAAUCGAUAAAUUAGUUUAUAGGGGAUAUAAGUUGAGCCACCCCCUGUUGUUUGGAAAUAGUAAAAGAAAUUAAUUAUGUGACCAAAUAUUUAGGAGAUGAGGAACAAUUCAUGGAGUCUGAAGGUUAGAAGCACAUAAAGAAAUAAAAAAAUCGAUUCAUAAAAUCGCGAUACUUACGUAAAGUAUCGCGAUUUUAUGUUCCGAAAUCGAUAUUUUUUUCAAAUUUAAGAAUAAAUCUUAAAAACUGACUUGCAUGUGUAUUUAGAGGGAAUAUACAGUUCCUGGAAUAGUCAGUAGACAAUCAUAAUCAUUCAACUGUUUCACUGGUGUUAAAAAUGCAGACUAAAUGUUGAGAAAAUUGACAAUAUCGUAGAAUCGCAAUUUAAAUCGAAUCAGCAGGCAAAAAAUUGUCGAAGAAUUGAAUCGGUUUUAUUAGAAUUGUGUUCAGACCAAAAAAGAUCAUUUUACAUUUGUUUUAUCAAUUGUGGUAUCUAUGAGCUACAACAUAAAAGUCCACCAUUUUAGAUGAGAGGACUAAAAAGUCGUGACAAUAGUUCUGGGGUAAGUUGAGCCAGAGUUUCAGUUCAGAUUGUUGAAAUGUGUUACUUUUUCUUUUCAAAAAUACAGCUGUGAAUGUUCUGAAUCACUUAGAGGCAUUCUCAUGCUAAAAUUACUUUUUACAAAACAGCUUUUUACAGUUAUAUGCAAUAAUAAAAAGGAGUAUUGUACCAGUCGAAUUGUGUAUAAUACACAUGAAUGUGAAGAAGUGACUGUUAUUUAGGGAGAGAGAAGGUGAGGGAGGGCUGGGGUGGAGAGUGGGGGGUAGUAGGGAUACAACAGUUAUGUUUACACUCAUUCUGCUGGUUUGCAGGGAUGAACAACAUCUUGAAAUACAUGCAGAUACACAAGUUAGAGACAAAACUAUGAUUGCCUUGAUGUAGUGAUCCGAAAUAUGAAAAUGGCUCAUCUUACCCAACUCUCCCCUAUAGAACUACAACACCUAUUUUUGACCGACAUAAAUCCUGAGUUUUAUUUACUCUACAAGACUCAGAUAAAAAACCAUUAAACCAACUUACAACUCAAUUUAUGUCCAUCUUGAACGUCUGAGUGUUAUCACCAGCCGUUAAAUUGCCACCAUGAUAGAUUUUGUUUAUCCAACUUUUUUUUUUUUUUAUCACGCUUGUAACAUCGCUAAUAGUGUACAUAACCCAGAAAUCUUUACUUAACAUCUCAGCUUUUACAGAAGCAGUCUAAUUGCAGUUGGAUGGAGAAGCACAGUGGACAGCCUGUUGAUUUAUUACGCUACAUUAAGCCUGACUUCAUUAGAUCUUAUCGGGCUGCUCAUUUUGUUGCACAUUUCAGGCCUGACUGCACUUAAGUUGCUUUGGUUAAGGCCAUAAUAGGAUAAAUUUACAGCGGUUUAUGGCGUGAUUUUCUCAUUGAUAUGACAGGGAUAUACCUAAACAUUUAUAAAACUCAGUUUCAUUUAGUUCAAGUAAUAUGUUACAAGUCUUUGUGCUGUAUAAGUAAGUGGAAAAUAAACAGACGCUUACAUUUUUUCUUUUAAUUAGAUUUGUCACAUUUAUUCUAUCAAAAUGAGCCUCUAAACACACUUGAAGUAACAAAAUAACUUCACAUGUAUGUUUUUCCACUUACAACUGCACUGCUAGAGGUGGAAAGCCUUGCACAAGCUUAAAAAUCUUAGAUCCGAAUAAUAAAUCAUGGUUUCGUGUUUUUAAAAAGUUGAAAUGUUUCUAAAAGAUAAAAAUUAACUGCAGAAAAUAGAAACAAAAAGGAUAUGUUGGCACUGUAUUACUAUAUUAUGAGAAAACUGCCCUCUAAAGAUAUUUUUGUGCAUCAAACUUUUGAUUUUGCUUUAAAAAUCUAAUUUUAUUGGCAACUUGCAGGCUGAAAAUUAUGAGAUGAGUCGUGUUUUUCUCAUGCAGUACUUUUAAAUCGUAUAAUGAGUCUUCCUGAAUGAGUCUGGGUAAUUCCCAUGAAAUAAAAACCCCCUUUUAUAAAAGACUCAUUGACUCUCCUUUCAUAUCUCCCUAACUCUUUGUGGAGGAGGUUUAUGCUGCAUUUUCUUUGCUGAAUUUUGUGAUUGAUAUCAUCUGUCACAGCAAGUGUGUGAGUGAGUGUUGUGUGUGUUCACAUUUCCACCGGCCUGUGGGGAAUAAUGGCUCUCCCUCUCAGUGGUUCUCUGUCUAAUGGGGCAUUGCCGACAUCGCAGCUCUGUUAUUAAGAAGGAUUAGGGCCAUAAUGAAAGGUUACCUGAGUGUCUCUGGAGGUAUAAUUCACCUUUUGAUUGAGUUAACACUACACACAGUCCCCUCUAAAAGCCCGGAGACAAAACUUUUACUCUCCCCUCUCCGACGACUCCCUCUCCAUGCCCUCCUCACUCUCCCCUCUCUCCUCUUCCCCCCACAAACACUCUGGCUCUCUCCCAUCUCCCACUCACACACCUCCCUCUUUGUGCCUCUCUGAGAGUGAACACUCUCUUUUCCCCAUCACUCUUUCACACCCUUCUGUUUACCUAUUCAUCCAUUGUAGGGUUUUAUAUCCAUGAGGGUCCCAUCCAUCCCGAGGAGUUGCCAAGAUUCUCUGGAAUUUGGACCGUGCCUCCAAGGACAGACCUUUAGUGCCGGUUCCCCUUAAUGCCGUCCAUUUAAAGAACACAAGAACCCUUGAAAUGAAAAGAGGAAUAAAUAACUGUUACAACAGCGUGGCCCACUUUGUAGGAGUUCAUCUUGUUCGCUCUCCUCGACAACGUCUGAGAGUUUUCUCGUUGACGGUAUUCUGUGGAAGCGUUUGAUUGAGUUGAAGUUGUUGGCGUUUGGCCAUGUAGAGGUGUUGUUGUGCACUUCGGCAGCGCUUGUUGAAACAUGGAAAUCACCAUCGUGGUGUUAUUUAGGGUUGAAUCCUCGUCAUUUCUGUUGUCUCGCUGGAGAAGUUACAGUAUGUGCGAGGAAUUUUAAGGGAUCACAUUUAGUGAACUACAAAGUCUUUUGCAUGCUUAAAAUGGAUUUUUGUAGGUUAAAUAGUAAAAAAAGAUUAUUUGUUCACAUUUUCAUAACACAAGACCCAAGCUAAUGAAAACUUGAAACACCCUGAGACUUAAAAAAGCUCAACCUAGACCAAUUUGUGACUGAAACGAAAUGAUAUCCUUUUAACAUGGAUAUGGAAAGAACAUGCUGUGAUGAUCUCAAAGGAGACAAGUCAUUAAAAGUUAAUGUGUAAAAAAGCAGCUUCACAUGUGCCCAGAAUAAAAGCAGUGUCCUGUCAAGCCCAAAGAACACAGAUUAAGCAGCAUUGAGUUGACAUGUGUAUGAAACAACUGGAUCAAACUCAAUCAUUAAGAAACAAGGUGCCGGUUUGGCCUGGUGGUUAAACCUGUGUGUCCCUGUCUACAGAGUCCUCAAAGUGGGCAGCCCAGUUUUGGUUCCAGCCUGUGACUCUUUGUCCAUGUCAUUCCCAAACCUCUCCUAGUUUCCUUCUCUGCGCACAGUCCCACCUUCUCCCUCUGAAUCAAAGCAUAAAAGCCUUAAAAUUAAACUUUAGAUAAUAAUAGUUAGAAAAAAUAAUCUAUUGGUGCUUUCAGAAGAUAAAGCAAGGCUGUGAAACUAAUGAAGUUAAAGUAAAGGAGCAGAUUCCCAAUUAAUCUGUAGAUGUUGCAAAGAUAUCCUGUAUAUGGUCAAAAUAUUAAUAUCACUGCGAAAUAAAGGAUUAUUAUAAAGUUUGCAGAAAGCAAGGUUAGGUUUCAAUGCUUAGGUGUUACAGUUUAAGAAGAAAACUCACCAAACCACAAGAAAAAAGAGCUUCAAACAUGUCCAAAACAAGCUGAAAACAAAAAUAAAAGGGAAAAAAAGGGAAAAAUAGCUAAUCUCUGUAGAAAGCAAGGCAAGGGAAGAAAACUAGUUUAUUAAAUGUGUGAAACAAACUCCUAAAUACUAAGAGGAGACCCCAUACUUAUCUUUUACGCUCUAAUUGCUUAAUAAUACUAUCUUUACAUUAAAAGAAAUUAAGAUAUUCUUGAAAUUCGAGGGCAAGUUCAGACUCCAAAGCCAAACAAUUUAAGUUUAGGCAAAAACUCUGAAAUACUAAAUGAAUGAAAACAGGUUCAUGUGCUCAGAACAUGCUUGAAUCCAAGUUUAACGCUUUUCGUAAAAGUAAUAGUUGAGCAACAGUUUACGGUAUACUUAUAAAUAUACUCUAAAAACAAAACAAAUCAAACUGCAAAAGAAUAUUAAACAUCACAUACAUGCCUUCAACUCAGACAAAUAAUACACUUUCAAACCAGAAAGAGAAAAAAUCAAAUCAAACUGUUUACAUUUGUAGGUCUAGAUUUUCUGUGACUAAUCACUGUGUCUAAUUAGCCUAAAUUAUGGGAUUGCUUUCGUUAGCAACAGUAAAAACUCAAAAAUGUAGAUUCUUCCAUCUCAGGAGACUCUUUGUUUAUUGUCAAGGCCGAUACGUGUCCUCAGCAUGAAUCACUCGUCUCCGUCCCUAUGGGAACGCGUGGAACAAACUUUUAACACCUCUAAGCUCUUAAUGUGACGUGGCAGCAUCUCCUGUCUCCCCGUUUUUUUUCCCAGCUUUACUCAGAAUUAUACUUGUCUGCCUUGUUAUGGGAAUUUCCAUCAAACCUGCCCCCUGAAGUCGCACACCACCCGAAGCUAUGAUGCAAAAAUCUGUAAUUUAUUGAGAAGGAUAAAAGUUGCUGCGUUGACAGCUCGCCUGUCACAGCAUGAAACAUCGGUAGCUUUCAACUUUUAGCUCCACUUUUAUGUGUCCAAGACUCAAAAUAGUUUGGUACAAGUCUGUCAAAACAUAUGCUUUUAUUCAAAUCCUGGUGACAACUUCAUAUCUUUAGUUUUUUUCAGAUUUGGCGCGUUUUCUAAGCUGUCUGAGUUCUUGUCUUUUACAUACACUUUUGUCCCCCAGACUUGAGGACCUUUUGUCAAACAGGAACCCAACACCCCGACCCAAUCGCCCGCUCGCUCAGUGUUACAUUUCACGACACAUUUCUCAGCAGUGUAGCCGCACAAUCGCAUACAACCUAUUAGGCUUUUGUUGUGGAAAUGGACACUCAGAGUGAACAAGGAGGUCAAGCACAAACACAGCGAACUAAAGCAGAGGUCUUUGCUACAAAGCAGUCAGUAUUAUGUUUUUGGUCGACUUGGGUUACCGAACGCCCGGCUUUCACCUGUCUAGACCACGCUGCGGUUCCUGUUUGAAGUCUGCAGACCGGUUGGAUUAGCCUUCACCAGAUCUCUGAAUGGGUUAAUUAUCCUUCACAAAAACAUGUCUGACCUGUUAAAUACGAGGGCAACGCGCCACCAGCACUGCCGCCUGUGUGUUUGUGUAGAUAAAGACAAAUGUGCAAAGAAAUACACUAAUUUGUCCCUCGUAAAACUAACAAAUAACGGGUUUUCAAAGUCUGUUUGAAGCAGAUCACCACUUUGAUCAUUUAUCGAUAAAUCUUUCGUGCAAACUUGAUAAAAUAGAAGUCCAGAUCCUUCUUUUGAUGUUUUCCACUAGUGUGCAAAACUUAAAACCACGAGAAAGCGAAUGAAAAGAGUACGCUCUGUUGGAAGAAAAACCUGAAAAAUCACAUUAAAUUAGCGGGUUCCCUCUUCAUAAAACUGGCUGUGUUUAAAAGGAGGUUCUGUUGUGGCAGUAAAAUAAAAAAGGAGUUCUUAAUCAUAAAAGCAGUGGCCCAGCAGGGAUUUGUGUAAGAGAGCAGUCAGGCUGAUCUGAUCUGUGUUUCAGUGAGGAGGGGUGAAGGUAAGGAAAAGCAAAGCAACAGUUUCCUUUCUGUUUUUUUAAUACAAGUCAAGGUCUGGAUGUAGAUAUCGAUAAAGAAGCGUGUUUUAUCAAUCAAUGAUAAGUUUUUUGCUUUCAUCAGGCUACCAAUUUUGGCUUCGUAACACGACAAGUCAAGUGAAGGGGGGAAAAAUUGCCCCAGUCACAUUGUCGUCUCGAUGUUGAAAAGCUGUUGAAUUCACAAGGUUUGAAACGAAGCCCAGUUUUUUGAAGUUUGUGAUUUUUUGGCCGAUGUCAGUGAAGUGGGUGGCAGAGUUUCACACUCUGGCCGUGUUUGCUGCUGUUUUGACGUUUUGCUUGUCAUUGAAAAGCGUGGAGAGCUCUGGAGGAGCAGUGGAAAGCAUGACAUAACUCCAAAAAGGGAGAGGCUGCGUGUUAACAGUGAACACAAAAAAAUACUGAUUCAAUUGUAUAUCUUAUUGGACAGUAGAUGUGUUUUUGCAUCCCACUGAAACAUUAAGCUGUUGAUACUUAAGUCAGUGGAAAAAUUAGACAUUUGAAACAUGGAUGCGUACAUUGUUUAUUGUGUGGUUGCACUGCGUUGUCAUGGCGAAACCACAUGCCAGCUCGAGGCCAGAUUUAACAUUGACCCUUGCGUAUAUGGGUGUGUGUGCUAUGCGUUCACAUUUAUGUGAACAUGCAAACUGUAAGCACCUCCAGAGUACUUUUGGAACUUGCUGCAGCUCUUGGAUGUUAUUCAACCUUGACUGAAGGAAUGACGUGUGGUUUGGAGCUGUGAAUUUACAGCAAUCGGUAUGAAGAUGUUACAGUAAAAAUGCUUUUUCAGGGCUCGACACAAAUUUUUUUCACAAGGGGAACAUGUGCUCCUCAGUUGAAAAAGUAAGGAGCACACAAAGAACUUUAGGAGCACAAUGAAAUUUGAUCAAAUAAUGUUUGUCUUAUUGGUCGACAUAAGUCCUAUUAUUUGGAAUCAAUUUUAGGUCUUUUGGUCACAUUUUGGACAUGGAAGCUAUUGACUGAAAACAGUCUUUUUUGAGGAAAUCAACUUGUAAUUUAUUGAUGGUCCCUUAUUCAACACCUGAUGUUGACAGCGAGGGUGCAGUGUAGAUUUAACCCCACUGCUGUUGCUGUUCCCGGUUAUGGAGAGUAAGAAGACAACGGUAAGGUCCUUACACACUGGGAACAAGCAAAUAUACGCAAAAUUACAAAAUAUUCAGAGGCGAAUUUUGACACGCCUGACUAUACACAUCAAGAGUAAUGCAAUUUCGCGACCUACCAGGGGGAAAUAAAGACGCGUCCCAGGUGGAAACGUAAGGUAACAACCGAGACCUAAUGGUGCUGUGACAGCAAUGCAGUUGAGUUUGAGAGUGAAAAUACAUAUGGUAUGUUGUAUCUAAACAGGUUAGCUUAUGAGCUAAAGUUACGUAGCACAGAUGAAAGUUAAAACAAAGAUGUUUAGCAAACUGUUAAAGCACACAAACCAUCGUAAUGAAAAAACCUUUGUUGCCUAGGCCGAUUUUUUUUAUGCACACAUGUGCCUCUAAAUACAUUUUGAAUUCGCACACGUCUAUAUUUCGUUACAAAUGCGAGUGAAACUGUCGCACUGAUGAGCACUGUUUUUUGAAAGAUUGAUUUAAUUUAAUUGUUAUGGAAAUCUGCGGAGAAAGACGACAAAUAAUGUACACCAUAUCUGUUUGGACUGUGAAACAUUUUCUGGCCAAAAAAAGACCCAUCAUGCAUCAUGUUUUUUCUCUUUUUUUGGCUUUACCACUCUGUUGAUAAACUAAAUUAUAAUAUCAGUUACUUUUACUGUUUUUUACUGUUUUUCAGAGUAGUUAGAGAAGGUUUUGACCACCCACCCAGUCUGCACCAGAGCGUAUAAUAUUGCUGAGAAACACGCUCUGAAUUUAUAUAUCAUCCAAACAUUCGGCAUACAUAAUUUUCCCCCUCCUGUUAUGUUUGUGUGUGUGUGUGUGUGUGUGUGUGUGUGUGUGUGUUAGCCCUGAAAAAUGUACCUCCCCAGUCCCUUUAUUGAGACUCUGAAAGGAGCCAUUUGUUUCAGCAUUUCCCCGAAGCACGGACAAGAUUUUUUAAACAGAUUUUCUUCUAAUUGUUCCCCUGGUUGUUUCCCCGCGUGUUGACACUACACUGGAAAACGAGGCUGAAAUGAAAUAUUUUUUAAUCCACAUAAAAAUAGCCAAGGACGCUAAUUUUCUCAUGAAGCCGACAUUACUCUGAAAGUCAGAGUUUUGUUCGUACGGGGAACAGCUCCUAACGCAGAGAUGAGAUUUCCGGCGUGUAAAACCUGAAGGUCUACUUUAAAGUGCUUUUCAAAAUGAAACUUCUCUGUCUGGAGAGCGAAUGAACUCAUUAAAUACCUACUUAUCCCAAAAAAAUGUCCCGUUUCUCACAAAGGAAGAGUAACAUAUCCGAAUAAAAAGGAACCCAAAUGCUUGUUUUUUAGCACAUAAUGACAAAGAGCACUUGAACACCGGCUUUUUACUUAAUGGAGUAUUUAGUGGGUCUGUUUUUUCCUGCUCAACUACAUCCGCACACUGAGGAAACAGACUCGCAGAUGGCAGGUGUAGCUGAGAGGACCGGUCGAGGUGGGUGCAAGGGGUCACGUUUGGGGUUUCAGAGAGCACACACACACACACUCCGGACGUAACGUGAUCACCACGCCGAGCAUGAGCCCAGAGGCUGCCUUUGGAUUGUGAAAGUGAUUAUCGGGGAGUAUAAUUGUAAAACCAGGACCCUCACCUCCUGCUGUAGGCAUGCAACCCACCCAUGACUGUAGUCCGCCAACUCCUUGACCUUUGCCACCCCCACAGACAUCUUUGCAUGCCCUCAGCAGCUGACCCUUGGAGGCCCCAUGCAAGGGAGGCAGAUAGAAGCGAAAGGGGACGAUCCAAAGUAGUGCCUGUCAGCAGCUGCCCUCUGGCAUCCUGGGAAUCUGCCCCCCGAUGGGUGAGUGAGGACAGGCAGCAGGUGCGGGGGCGCUUUGCAGACACCACCUGGAUCUCCACCAGGCGCUCACACCUGAUGUAUUCACCUGACACACCUAAAAUAAGAGCUGUUUGUUGACUGCUUGAAACGGGGCAACGGAGAAGACGCUAAAAGGUUCGCUUCAUUCAAAUAUUUCAGGCCUUAGGGAGCAGGAACCCGGGAGCUUUGAUGAGCAUGUGCAGAAAGGGGGGAUUGAUUGAUCACAGUCAGGAGGGUCACCCACAAGGCUGCCAGAGAUUCUGCCACCCUCAGAGUUCACAAUACCAGCAGAUGGUACUGUAACUUUAAGAUCAGGUUACAUUGUUUCUAGGAUUCAGUUGUUUGUUCACUUUCGGGUUUUUUGUGUACACUAGUCAGAAACCUGUUUGACCCCCUUUGAAUACAAGACGCAUUGAGCUCGGCAGCUGUUGGUCUUUUUAUGAGGUAUUAGCCCGUACAUUAUAAGCACUUAUUCUGAGAUUCAUAUUUCAAAAGGGGAGCCUGCUGAGGUUGCUUUUUGAAUGUCUUUGACUGUAUGAAAAUACCAGAGAUAUUCUGAUAAGGAUACCAGGAUUGAUAUCAUGUAUCAGGAUUCUUAUCGCUGAUCAAAUAACGCUGAAAUCUAAAGGCUGGUUUCACUGAAGACAAAUUCUUUGCUGCCCUGAGAUAAUACUCAGCAUAAAAAAGGCUGUGGCAGACUGCCAGUGCUGAUGUGUGAUGUCUACCAAGUGCAAAAACUUUUCAAGAAUUUACUUUCAGACAGUCAUGACUCACAACCACAGCGCCAGGUUUUCCCAGCAAUUCAAUCAAAGUCGUCUUGACUUGGAGUGAUGUGGCCGUUAAUUACGCCCCUGCUGCAACCAUCAACAGUCCUGCUAAAAAGUAAUGUGAUUUGGUAAUAGCUAAAUAGAGCUAUUUCAAGUAAAAAUUCCGUUUUUUAUGAUGUGUGUCAGGAGGGGGCUGUGAGCUGAACUACCAUUAUUUGUUGAUUUGGGGUUGGUCAACCAUUUAUAAGGCUGAUUUUUAGGCAUAGGUCUGUGUAAAACAACAUGUAAAGCAUAAGGUAGGCCUGCACGAUUUUGGCCAAAAAUCUCAAAAUCUGAAAACUCAAUUUUUGAUUUCUAUUUUUUAUUCAGUGACAACUUCACCAAACUCCACUUUAAUAAAAAGUUUUUCCUAUUAUCUCUCGAAACAAAACCACUGAAAAAGUUGUAUUGCAUAUGCCAAGCCAGUAAGUAUCGCUGUAAUGUUGCCGAGGAAAUGCACAGAGGACAGAAGAAGAGUACGGAGCAUGCGUAUACAGGCGUGACCGAUCUGUCAAACUGACGGAAAGGUCACGCCUUCGGAAACAUCAGCUGUUUUAAGACACGUCACACAACCAUCACAUGACACUCUGAGGAAGACUACUGUCAGCACGUCGAAACAUGUCAGCAAGGUAUAUAAAAAAACCUGUGUCUGCAUAAAAGAACAUCUGACAGUAAUUUAUCAAAAAAGACACAAUGAACCUAAUCCAAGAGUUACUCUGCGUGUCACAUAAUCGUUUCAAGAGAUGCAGAUAGGCAUCCACACGAAGAUGAAAUGGUAGUCUUUUACAGAUUUAUGCACUCUCCAUUUCCGUGAGGAUGAAACGCCGCUACGACAAAAAACUUUUGCGUUUACUUGUGAAAUCAUUUCUGUGUGGAGGGUUGAUACUGCCUUCAAACAGACUUUGCAGCGGGAAGCGGUUUGAUCUUCGUCCGAAACUGCGAAGCCGUACCAAUUCCACAUGACUGAAUUGCUCUUGCCUUAUUUAGCCACAAAAUUAUCACCUUUGUUUGCAAACGCCAUGUUUGUUUACACUGGGAGCUGGGUAUUGCGCAAGACAUGAUAGAGAGGAAAACUGAUUUAACAAUUUUAAUUUUCUUUAACAUCGUGGUAAUCAAGUAAUCGAUUAAUCAUGCAGCCCUAGCAUAAGGUACAGUUUGUUUAAAGCUGUCUCUCUGAUAGAAUGGCUGUCAAAGUAAAAAAUAAAGGAGUGUUAUCUGGCUUUAAAGUAAGCCAAGCCAAACAACAGUAGUGCACAGAGAACUAUUUUCUUCCUUUAAGAUUGUACAGGAUCAGGUUUCAGUGUUUGCCAAUUUACAAAUUGCGAUGUAAGAAGUGUAACCUUAGAAAUGGUUAAAAAAAUGAACAUAUGAACAAAAGCACUGCUUUAUAGAGCCUCGAUGCCCUAUAAACGUUUCUAUCAUGUUAACCUUCUCCGAGUCGGGAGGUGUGACCUUUUAAAGACAUAUAGGGCUCGGUUUGCUUGAUGUUCCAUUUUCAGGUGAAGUACCUGAAGCCCUUUACCAGUUUAGUGGUUUUCAAGCAGCGCCCAUGAAUGUCAGUGAUGUUUAUUUUCACUGAACUGCGUGGAAACCUGCCAGGUAAUGUUUUCUAACAUCACAGAAGUCCUGCCUUCGGGGGCUUUACCAGCACUAUGACUGAAAUGAAAAAACGCAAGAAUCAUGUUCACAAUUUUCUUCCAAUGCUGCAUUUCUGUCCUCCUAUAUCCUACUUUUUUUUCUUUUUGGCAGCCAAAGGUUGAUGGAAGUUAAAUGUUAUCCUUCCACAAACAAAGAGAGACUGUAACUCUAUCAUUUGGCACUGGGGAGUCAAGGGGGUUAUUCUACACUUUGCAAGCUCACUUUCGUAUAAGUGAGCUAAACAAACCACAAGAAAUAAGCUGUAGAAUUCAUGCAUAUCAACAUUUUCAGAGGAUUUGCCAGGGUGCUUUAGGAUUUACGAAAGAUGCAGCCAAACCCCGGUUAUUUGGGCACAGAAGGGUCUGGUAAGUGAUGUAUGGAUGGAGCAUGUAUGCAUUACAGCCCUCAGUGGUGCGGAUUGGCAGGAUAAACCAACGCCUCAGCUUGAUGGAUCUCUCUUUCCCAUCUCACGGGCAACAGCUUUAUCACAGGACAGGGAGCGCUCCAUAUUUUCCAGAAGAGAGAAAAAGACGGAGACAAACAGACAGAAAGAAAGCGGGGAGAAGUCGAGGUACAGAAAGCCUGGGAACCAAUAAAAAAGGAAGCCGUCUCCUCCUGGGUCCUCCGUUUUCCGUUCCAGCCGCUGUGUUUUCUUUCAAACACUUACGCCACGUUCUCAUUUUCUUUCUGUCCUGUGUUUCAUUUCCACGUAUUUAAUAAAAAAGGGUAAGUGUUAACAACUCUGGGAAGUCUGAGGUUCGUCUCUCCUGCCAUUUUCGAGGGUCGUUCUAAGGCUUCCAGGCCAAACACAGGAUCGUCUCUGACUCUGCUUCUCCGCUCGAAGGCAUGGACUCUGACGCUCUUGCCAUGUGUGCUAUCUGCAGCUGCCUGUGUGGCGAUACGAUGGCACCGAACAUCCUUUUUGUCUUGCUCCAUCGGGGCUUGGCCUGUGCCAGUCGCCUUGGCAGAGCCCAAAUUACAGACAUGAGCGGAGGCAAUGCCAGACGGCACCUCAGGCACAACCUCUUUUUGACUGCCCAACCUCUGUCUCUGUGCAGAACACUGAAUUAAACUGCAGCUAAGCAUGAGGUGCAAGUGUGUGUGUGUAUGUGUGGCUUUUGGAGUCCAUCUAAAUUGAAGGAUUGGCAUUUUUUUGGCACUGGGGACAAAGAGGCCGGCGCAUUUUCCCCUCAGAUGUUAUUUUCCAGCUUUCAGCACUUCUACAUCCAGCAUAUUGUGUGUAUUUCUGCUAGAUUACGAACAAAGAGUCACACGGUAGUGCUGAGGGAAAUAAAACAUGCUGAAGAUUAGGGUUUGGCAGUGCUUAAGUCCAUGACCAGAAAUCCUGCACAAUUUUAUAAAAUAGCUAAUAAUGGAGGUGUUGAACAGUGGGAGAAUGACAGAGAGGCAUUUAAUCUGCACUGAGAGCUGUUUUAUUCAAACAGGAGUGCAGCAGAUGUAUUGAAUGUGCACUUUUGAAAAAGCUACCUGUUUCCUCAAGUGGAAGUUCAGCUGUUCAAACAGAUGCUUUAAUAAAGUCUAUUGUAGUUUGUAUUUGAAAGGCUGCACGGCACAAAGGGUUCAUUCAUUCAGAACUCUUAUAUCUGUAUUUCUCUUCAAAAGCGAUCCAUUAAGAUGUAUCAAAACAACCUUAUUGACAGCAGGUUUAUUUCACCAUUAAAUCAAACGAGACUCCUGUAAAUCCUCCCUGCUCUGUUUUUAAUUAGCGCUAACAUUUUAUGAAUUCAGAGAAAAGAUGGUUGACAUCUAUUACUAACUACCACCAAAUGCCAGGCUGCUUGAUUAAAGAGAGGAAUGUGUUAGAAAAUGAGUUUGCUACCCUGGACUCCUUUAUUGAUAGAUGGAGUGCAACAGCACAGCCUGCGUCUUUUUACAUAAAGAUGGAAGAGGGUGAUAAAGGGUCCAUGUAGCGCACAGGCUAUGAUUGAUAAGCCCACAGAGGAGUGCAAGGAAGCCACCCAGUAAUUCAAUUAAUCUUAACCUGAACAGUAGUAAUUGCUACUGUAACUCGGUCCGACUGUACAUCAGGCGGGAGCGAGAUUGCUGUCACAGGAACAUGUCCAGUUAAUAGAAAGAGGAAGGAACAUCCUCAGUGCUCCGGAUCGUGCCGUUUUUUUCGUUAUUAUCCUUUCUCCUAAAGAUGAAGAUUUGCAUGUUAAUGAGAAGAGCGGGGAACAGAUUUUCUACACGUGUGGACUGGGAUGAGAGAAGUCAGGGAUAAAUCACGGCAGGGGAAUUAUGGAUGCAAAAUCUCGGUGCAGCUUUUUAGUGGUUUGUGAAGACAUUCUUACAAUAAAGUUAUGUAAUCAUCUGCAAAGAAAAAAAAUAUUUAUAUGUAGGCAGUCCUACAUUUUCAUGCAUUUAUUCAUUUACCAAGUAUUGAUUUUUCAAAUUAACUGUUAAUAUGAUGUCAAUUCUCUGAUAAUGGAAAAUAAAAUCAACUGUUUGUCCAGUGAGGUUGGCAGAGGUGACAUCGUAGAGCAGGAGAAAGUUAGUUCAACAAAUAUAUGUAAAAGGUUUGCAAGAUGUGCUACAUGAAAAUAAAAUACAGCGUAAAUAAGACAAACAUAGAGGAAAGCUGAAUGCAAAAUUAGCUAAACAGUUGAAAAAGUUGUAUAAACCGCAAUAUAUUGUAUCACAAUACUCACUUUAUAAUAGAACUAGGUCCUAACCUAUUUCAGUGGUUGCCAAAUGAUGGUCUCACAUGUUUUAUGUGAGUUUAGUGGUAUCAUAGUCUUUUUUUCUGUAUCUAUCUGAAGUUUGUUUACUGAAGCAUUUGUAAAGGUAGAAUUGUGACAUUUCGAAGCUACUGAUUUCCUAAAUUCCCUCUAGCUGACUAGUUUGAAGGUUAUAAAACAGGAAUAGUCAGUAAAGGCACAACUCAUUUAACAUGGCGUCUUACAGGGUUCCAGAGUCUGCUGGUAAACUGUCAAAUGUGCCCAAGGUUAGCAAAGAUAGCACCACCAGCCUUCUGUGCUCCCUGCAGGGUAAAGUCAUCAUACGCAUCGCUCUAAUUAAUGGUCAUGGAAGUAACUCAUUAUCUGUUAUUACUUUCUAUUUUGUGAGUAAAUCUUUCCUUUUAAAUGUCAUGAUUUGUGCCCAAACGCUGUUAAAUAUCACACCCUUUCAGUCAUGCCUCUCUUCUCCAGAAAACAGGUGUAGUCUUUACUGUCUUUGCUGGUCGGACCAGGUUAUUGUUCUUCUGAGCUUUUCCACCAAGCACUUAUUAAGGUCUACAACAAAAGAUUUGGAUUGUUAGAAAUCCUUUGAACACACCCGGGUUAUUGAUCCUAUUGUUCGCUGUAAGAGCACAACAGUGGUUUGAAGGUGUUGACCCGAAGAGACAGAAAGACAAGGUUUCUUUAUGGGCUGGUUUUACGCGUCCCUUGGAAACUGGACACCUCGAGAAUAGCGGAUAAAUCAAGUUUACAGUAAAAUCCAUUUUUCUUGCCCUUUGUUUGUCCGAGUCUUUUACCACACCUAUUUCUUCCCUUUCUGUCCUCAUUUUAACCCCAUUUACAUAUGAAAUGGCUCACCAAGCUUCUGAUCCAAUGCAAAUGUUACCAUGUUUUAUCAAUACCUUAUGUUUCUAUCUAGUUUAUAGCAUUGGUUUCUAUUUUCUCAGCUGGAUAGUUCUGGGUCGUCUACGGCCAGUUUGGACUGAGGGCGUGACAACAGUGUCGAGCCUGUGGGACUUGACAUGAGCCCAAGUCAUUUCAACCGUCAAACAUGGCGGGGCCAGGGCUCAUUAUGUCAUUAUGCUGUCAGGACGAUUGUUUAUUCUGACAUCUUCUCCCAACAAUGUCACAUCCUCCCCUUCAGUCAUAUCUUCAAGCUGGUAAUUUACAGACAACCGCCAGCAUAGACAGAUGAACAAGAUAUAACAUUCAAAGUCUUCUCUGUUCUUUAUCCUCUACAGCUCCCACAGCCGCCUCCCUAAACACGCCCCCAUCAAUUAUUAAUCCAGCCAAUUAGCGGGGCUGCAUUAUUCACCAGGAAGCUGUGAUCACAUCCAUUAACGGCACCGCCUCGCCUCAUUGUGGCUAUCCCAGGCGGCACUGGCACAGCCCACAGACCCACUACAGACUUCAUACCUGACCACAAAUUCCCACUUCUAGCAUAUUCAUGUAGCUAUAAUAUUUUUCUAUUUUCUUUUUUACCUUUUCAUGACCUAAUCCUGUUCUUUUAAAAACAGACUCCUUACUGAAUUCUUCAAAAUAUCUUCAAAUGUUCUUGUGACUUGAGACAUUGGUUUUACGCUUCUAGCUUUACAGUGGGACCCAAACUGAAAAAGCAGUGGUCCCCCAACAAAAUGAAAUACAAAACUACAACAGGACCCUUCGUGUGAAGCCAUAACUUUUAGAGCUCUGCCUGGUAACUGGCUGCAGUUUCAGAAAAGUACUUUGAGGUGUUUGAUUGAUAGCUCUGUCGCUGCUGUUGUUUUCUGUACUGGAUUAGCAUAGAGACGAGGUGUAGUAACUAGGGCUGGGCGAUAUGGCCUCAAAUCAAUAUCACGAUAUAUUGAGCAGUUCAUCUCGAUAGCAAUAGCCGCUAAAACUUUUGAACCGUCCUCCAUCUCCUCGCCUGUCUUUCCCUCUUUUUUAUGGACUGGAUGUGGUGGAGUUAUGUCUCGGACGUAGGACUUUUACCGCAGACGUUUACCUUAAUAUUUUGCAAUCCUGUGUUUUGCCACAUUAAUAUAAAUUGUACUCAAAUUUUGAUUCUUGUCUCACUGUUUCCUUACUUGUAGAGUCGAAAUUGUGAGUUGUCGGUACAUUACACAUACUAGUAGGGCUGGGCGAUAUGGCCUCAAAUCAAUGUCACGAUAUAUUGAGCAGUAUACCUCGAUAACAAUAAAUGGACGAUAAUUACUCCACACAUUAACUUUGUCUACUUAAGCCGCUACUCCGGCCGCUACAACUUUUGAACCGUCCUCCAUCUCCUCACCUGUCUUUCCCUCUUUGUUAUGGACUGAAUGUGGUGGAGUCAUGUCUCUGGCGGACAGCAUCUUAAAAAGGACAUGAGACGAUAGCCUACAUACACACAUCCAAAAACAACCUUUAUGUAUUAUUUUUUGACACUGAAUAUAUUGAAACGGGCAAAAUGACAUAGGUUAUUGUCGUAAAUUUUGGUAUCGGUAAAUUUUCAGUUUAUCGCCCAGCCCUAAUAGUAACUAAACUUUGAAUAACUAUGAACAUCCACAACCUGACCAAAACUUUGAAAAAAGACUCAAAUUUGAUUAAACAUGAUUUCAAAUUUCAUUAAGAGGACAAAAAUACUUGUCAUUAGCUCUACUGAAAACAAGAUAUUCCUCCUCCCUAUCUUUAUCUCUGAAGAAGGAAGUAAUGUGUUUGCUGUCCUCCCUCUGUUUCCCACAGCUCCGCGAGUCGAGGGCAGAUCCCGAUUGCUUGUCAGCGGGAUUUAUGGACCCUCAAAUCUCUGAGCAAAAUCACUUCCUGUUUUUCCUGUGUUUACCGGACACACAGGCGGGCGGCCACACAUUCGAUAAAGAGUGAUUUAUUUUCAUUUGCUUAUCUGCUUAAUUGAUGUCCCCCAGGCCUCCCUUGCAGCCAUAAUUUCAUUACACAAACAAUUUAGAGAAGUUUGAUUAACACAAAUGAGAGAUCAGGGCCCCCGCAGGUUUACAUGGUGCUCCUACACAUUCUUUCGUACACAUCGACUCUGCGUUUGGCUUGGCCUUUGUAGGGAAGCCAUUAAUAACCUUCCCCUUACAAAAAAGACAGUAGCAAGGAAAGGACUUAGAUUAGUACUCAAUUAAUUGCAAUGAAAUGUUUUUUUACUUUGAUAAUAAACCUGUCUGUAUACUCAAUAUGUCAACCCUGUUCAAUCUAACGUGUAUUCAACACCUUCCUAGGCUGUAUUUCUUUUGAACCAGCCAAUAUGUGGCUGAUUUAAAACCCUUCCCUCCAACUAGAUUCUCAUUAUGGCCAUUGAGACGCAACUGUAUUGAUUGUGUUGUUCAGGAUUCACCACGAGCAUUGAUUUACGGCCCUUCUGAGACGACUGUGUGUAAUUAGGCUCAUAUAGUCAAGGGUUCACCCCACUAUCACCUCAGCUGUAGAGCUCCUCAUUGAUGAUUCUGCGCUUUGUUUGCUCAAAUGUUAUGCGUGGGCUAAUGGAGAGGCUUUCAUGCUUUCACACAGAUACACACACACACAGGCAGGGGCAGAAAUGCACAUGCAAACACUCACACAUGAACACAGAGACAGAGUGGCUGUAGUGGGCAGGACUGUUUCUGACAUACACAUUUAUUACAUCAUAUUAUUUUCCACUCAGCCCAGCAGCAGCAGCAGCGGUGAAUAUUCUCCUUCACCCGCCCUGUUUUUUAGCUCUUAUGUUUCUCCCCUCUUUCUUGCAUCCAACUGGCUUUUAAAACAGGGUCGGCUCUGGCAAGGCGUAAAUCCAGCAGCAGGGAUUUCCCCCCUCACCCACAAAGCUUUUACUUCUAGUAAUCGAGUGCCAGUGUGCGUUUUCGAGCUCUCCCUGAUGAACUCUUGGAUGCACAUUAUAGCAGAAAAAAUGGCCCUUUAGAAAGAGUGCUUUCCAGUCUCUGGGUGAAAAUACAAAACACACGCAUGCAGACAGACCCACACAAGUCGAACUACGUAUGUUUGCUGCCCCGCAUUUGACACUCUGACAGUACAAUUCAGAUUUUUCAUGAAUCAGAUCAGAUACAAGGGUUACAACUGAGUUCAUUGCAAGACUGGAAGUAAAACUGUUAAUGAAGCUUUCAAGUAGAAUUGUGCAAAAAUACCCAGAAACCAACCAUUUGCAUCAAUUAGAUAAGAUGAUAAGUUUCGCUCUUUUAUACGAAAGAGGAUUAUGGCCACAAGAAGAGAAAUAAACAAUAACUGGAGGGAGAUUUUUAUAAUUUCCAUUUUGAGAUAAAAGUUGAAACUUCAAGAUUAAAGUCGUAAUUUUAAAAAGUCGAAAUUUCAACAAUUCGUGUAGACUCUGAUCUCAAAAUUUUGACAUUAUAUACAAUAUUUCGACAUUUUUGUAAUCUCGAAAUUUUUACAUUAUUCACAACAUUUCGACAUUUUGUUAUCUCGAAAUUUUGACUUUAUUGACAUAAUUUCAGUCUUUUGAUCUCGAAAUUUUUCCUUUAUUGACAUAAUUUAAACAUUUUAAUCCCAAAAUUUUUACUUUAAUCUCAAAGUUUUGACUUUAAUCUCCUUCCUGUAAUUAUUUUUUCAUAUUCACGUGGCCCUAAUCCUCUUUCGUACUUUUAUGAUGUUUAAGGAGGUCCCUGAAAUAUUCCACAUUAGUCAAAGACUAAAUUUGUUAGUUGAUAGGACCCUGAAAUUGUCUGGACUUUGUUAAAUAUCUGGACCCCGAGCUCAUCAGGCUGCUAAUUUUAAGAUAGUUUAUAGAUAAUCAUCUUGUUUUUAGGUCAAGGUCGCUCAAGCGUUAAGUCUUAUUAGAGAAGUUUUAACCAAGAGGGAAAAAAUCUGCGCAAGUCUCAUCACCAAAUUCAGUCUAAUCUCUUAAUAAUUACCUGUUAAGACAAAGACCGAAGCCGUUUAAUUGACUAAACAAGUGUUUCUUCAUGUUUGUUUGAAUUUGGGAGAUUACAAACUAAUCAACUGCUAGCAUAGCUCAACACCUGGCUAAAAACCUUAAUAUGGUUAAAUGAAUUAUUGUGCAUCAAAGUGGCGAAACUUAAAAGUCCCAGAAAUUGGUCAGCUGGAAAUGUUUUUAUCUCAGGCAGACAGGCAGCGCUUGCGGAAAGACCGAUAACCUGGUUUUUGCAGGUAAAACAAAGAAGAAAAAAAGAGUAAAUUUGUAUUGAACAGACAAAUCUAUCAAACUAGAACAAAAUCUGAGACAGGUAUAUCCCUGGAUAGUCACAAUUGCCUCUUCCUUCACCACUGUUUUCUCUAUAGGCUUACUUUGCUAUUACAGCUCAGUAAUGUAAAUGCAAAUGUGAUUGAAAGUGGUUCAUAAUGGCCUCUAUUACACUGUCAUGAAUAUGAAUGGCACUAAUAUGCAGUCCGUUUUGGUUUGCUUCUUUUCUCUGCAAAUGCGUUCUCUUGAAGGAUCGUGCACACCCAGCCCCUCCUCGUUAUUGUCUUUACACCCUAUUUAUUUAUUUUCUAAUUGUGAUUCGGACGUCCGUAUUUAUUCAUGCCGCGGCUUCUCUCUGUAUGUUAGGCACAUCCGUCAUUCAAGCCUGGCAGAGUUUGACUCAAUAACAGCGCAAAUAUCCAGCCAUUAUCUCUGCGCGGAGUACUCCCUCAAUGUUAAUGUGUUUUUAGGACGAUUACAUCAAUGUGAAAUAUUGAAAAAUAUCCCUCUGAUUGAUAACAUGAAUCAUCAAGCCUGGGUUCCCACCCCCUUCAACACCCCAUUUACCAUCUCCAUGGUAACUCGAAGGGCACUUUGUUCAUGCAGUCACCUGCUAGCAUAUGUGAGGUUGUGCUAGAGGACUGGGUGAGAAUGAGAACACUGAUGAUUAGACAUUUACAGGAAACAAUGGUGUGGUUUUCGCUGUAUAAUACUCAGCACAGAUACACCACAGUCCAGGUUUAAGAGAAACUAAGUCCUACAUUCCUCAAAGAGAUAACAGCUGAGCUACAGCUGCUCAAGUCUAAGAGCAUUUCAGUCAACUCUGAGGCUUAACUCCGUGAACUCCAGACGUGAAGUAAUGAGUUCUCAAAUUCACUCGAGUAGAGUUUGGCUGUAGGUUAAAUAUCUGGCUUAAACCCACUUCUAUGAGUCAUGGUUCUACCAGGUCACCAAAUAUAAGUGGUUGAGAGUGGUUUAAAAUCAGAUGGAUACCAUCCAACCUCAGUGUCCUGGCCAGGCCUUAUCCGUCUCCAUGCAGAAGAAGCACUUUUAGGACCUUUUUUGUUGUCUAAAAAGUGAGCUGCAUCCAAGUGACUAGCAAAGGGGGGUGGCACAAGUCUCUGCAAUCACUGUAAAAGCUAAUUUAUGCACAACGUUACAGUUAUGGAUAUGGAUAUGGAUGGAGCUCUCUGUCCGUGCUUCAUGUUCUUUUCGUCCGUUCUACAUGUAUCCUUGAAGUUUCCGGAUACGGGCCAGACGGAGCAGUACUACCGAAAACCUUGGAAGCAGUGCUGCUGCUGUCACUACCCGAUACGCAUCUCUAAGAGAAACGAAGAAGACAGUGGCUGGGCUCCACAGUCGCCAUGUUUCUUUUUGUUCUUUGUUGUCAGAAACUUUUGACCCUGGCCUGCCCCUGGCGAAUGUAAUAAUUAACAUCCAUGCCAACAUAAAAGACGCAUAGAAGUAUGCGGGCAGUGACGGAACCAUUGUUUGAAACAGACGGAGCCUUUAGUGGAGCUCAUCUACUGUGCUUGUAGCUUUUAGGGUAGCGAUCACAGGUAGUAUUAGAAAGAGCUACACAUCUGCAUCAAAACUGGACAUUGCUGAAAACAGUGGACUCCCCAAAAAGAGACUGCCUCAUAGCGGUGAAAUUUUAACUCUUGUCAAGUAUUCUUGUUAUUGUCAGGUUACAUGUAGGUUAAAGAAAUAAUUACCAGUUACAGCCUGAAAACAAUGCAAAAAAAAAUCCUUUUAAUUGCACAACAAUUGGGUGCAAGUUUAUUUCCUUUUAAAUAAAAAAGUUGAGGGCAAGUUUAUCACUGUCAAUUGAGGAUAUGAAGACUCAGAGUAAGUUUUAAAAUGCAAAGAAAAGAAGCUUAAAGAAGGUGAAUCCGACCAAAUCUCAUGUUUCAUUUCAUUUUUAAAAAAGACAGAGUAGGUAUUGGUGGUUGGUGUCAGUCUUGUUUCAGUUCCCGACUCCGGCCAAGCGUCUUUUUUAGCAGGCAGAAAAAAGAAACCACCACUACACUGUAAGCAUUGUCCUAACCUCGACAAAGAGGUUCUGCCCUGUAAUUACAUUCUAUUUCUACAACCAUCCAUCUCCGCUCACACAGAGCUGACAGGCUAAAACAUUAGCACGUUGUCAGCGGCUCCUCAGACGCCACAGCUCUCCGUUACACUUCAUAUUAUCCAUCCUGCCUCUCAGAUGGGGUUACCUCUCUACACUUAGAGGGAGGAAGAGGAGGUGUUUCCCUGUUGCGCAGCCAGUUUAGCUCCGAGGUGAUGGGGCCUCCUGGUUUCUCACUGGGGGUCUGUUGGAUUCUGGGUCACAGCCCAGCCCCGGGCAACCGCUGGCUCCACUUAAGCCAUUCUGUGUCGUUUUAGCCUCGGUGACACUCUGCAGCGGGUCAUUUUUCACCUUUUCUCUCGGCGACAACCUGUUUCCCACCUCGCUGGCACCGCGAACAAUCAGCUAUAAGCUUGUGCAACUGUUGCUGAUAGCACACCUAAACAUCACCUGGUCUUUAUGCAUGCUGCUGCUGCUGCCUCGACAGAAAUGAGCCGCACUGAGUUCCAUUUUCCCCGGGCUAUUUAUUUAAUGGAUAAUGCAAGGGACGCAAAAUGAAAAUCACCCAUUCGACCAUGUCUUUAACCUCGACUCCACCCUGCCUCCCUCUCCUCGACUGCAUUCAUUCUCAUCUCGGUAAGCAUAAAUCAUUUCGGUAACUUGUUGGCUCAUUAUUUAUUCUCCAGGAUGUAUAAGAAGAAGCAAAAAAUGAAUCCUAUCAAAUAUUUAAAGCUCCUAGAUGUGAGGAAAGGAAGAUAAUCUUCACCUCCCUCUGUCUGUGCCUCUUUGGCGCUGCAAUCUAGCAGGAAAAAAAGAAAAAACUAGAGCCUGUAUGUAAUGAGUUUAUGUCAAAAAGAAGCGAUAAGAGGGAGCAUUCAUACAUGCUAAUCUCUGCCCCCUCUCUCUCUCUCUCUCGCUUUCUCCCUGCUACUUCUUCUAUGGUGGCAGGAGGUGUGCUCUGCUCUGGCUUGGCACAAAGAUGAGGAAAACGAUGUGAUGGUGCCAGGCGCUUUGUAUUCUGAGCCUGGGAGAAGAAGUAUGGAGGGAGGGAAGGAGGAAGAGGAGGAGAAGGAGAAGAAGGAGGAGGAGGGGGGUGGAAAUGAAAUAGGGAAAAGGCGGUAGACAGAGAGGAAGAGAGCAUGGAGACAGUGUAAUCACUUUUACACUCGCAGAUACCGCCGUCCGCCUGACACUUGACUCUUAUCCUCAGGCUCCUCUCUGCUCUCCCCUCUGCCUGUAUCUCACUGUCAGACUUUCUCCUAUGAAAUCCACUGGGAGCCUAAAUCCACAAUAGCUAUCUGGCUGUGAUUUAGGGCAGGAGGGGUAUAAUAACAAGCAACUGUGCAAAGCAGAGAAAUGACUUUGAAUACUAAUUUGGAAUAUUGAAAUUUUUAGUUUUGUUAAACUUUCUAAAACUUGACUUUUAGUUCGGAAAGUGCUCUGUGAAUUCUUUUAACAGUCACCAAGCAGCAUGGUGAUCGCUUUUAAAUGUUUCAUAAUUUAUGAUUUUAUUCUGUUACAAAUGUCUAACUCAGUUUUUUAGAGAUGAACGUUAGUACCAAUAUGUUCACACUUUUUUUUCCAUUGUAAAAAGCACCAAGUCUCCCUAUAAUAGAACUAUAUAAUACAACUUUUGUGUCAAGAACUUGAAGGAAAACAUGAGGGUAAAUGACCUCAAUAAUUUGACACUGAGAUAAUGUAGUAGGACUUGCCAAAGCAAAUGCUUAACAUAUUAAUGAAACUGCAAGGAUGACUGGAUUUACUGAAUGUGAAUUUUGACCAAAGUUCCAUCUGUUUACAUGGAAGAGGCAGGCUUUAUGAUCCGUACUACAGCUACUUGAAUCUAGCGAUGGGCAUGGCAGUUCUUUUAGAAGUACUGAAUCACUAGAAUCAGUUCACUAAAAAUCACCGAAUCUAGCGGGAGAAGCCUGUGACUCCGACCUCCUGAACUGAUACACAGCUGAACAUUUCGGGAUUCAGUUCAAUUCAAAGCUUGUAGCAACCGCUACAAUGAUAGGAUGCUACGGGUUUAAUGCACUGCUUGUUACAUGCUGUGAAAGUUGUUGUGGUGGCAAUUUAGCAGUGAAAAAAAGGUAGUUUUGUCCGACAAAAAUGAUUCCAGAGAGUGUAGUUCAAUGCUUGAUUCAUUCACCAAGUGAUUCAGGCGUUGGUACAUGUGGUCCCUCGUUCGCCAGCUGCUGGCUUGGCAAUGCUGUUUCUCACUUCAGCUCAACUGAAUGAAUCACUCGAGGAAGUGAUUCUGUUCAGUAAGUUCACUUAAAAGAUUCAGUUCUUUUGAACGAAUCGUUCGCGAACGACACAUCACUAGUUGAAUCAGAGGUCUCAACAGAAGGGGUGAAGUAGAUGAACUGGCUGCUGGGGUGUGUACAGAGUAGGGCUGGGCAAUAAACCUAAAAUUUACUGAUACUGAAAUUUACGUCAAUAACCGACGUCAUUUUGCCCAUGUCGGUAUAUUCGAUGUCAAAAAAAUAAGAAUUAAAAGUUGGUUUUGGUGUAAGUAGGCUAUGGUCUCAUGUCCCCAUCUAGUCCAUGACAAAGAGGGAAAGACAGGUGAGGAGCUGGAGGACGGUUCAAAAGUUAUAGCGGCUGGAGUGGCGGCUGAAGUAGACAAAGUUAAUGUGGGAGGGGGUGAGCAGCUUGUGGAGUAGUUAUCGUCCAUUUAUCAUUAUAGAGGUGAUCUGCUCAAUAUAUAUUGAUUUAAGGCCAUAUCGCCCAGCCUUAGGACAGUGCCACAGUGACGCUGCUCAAAAUGUGAUUGUGUGAAAGGUAGCCAUUUUUUAGUUCCAGUUUCUUUUAUUUUGAAGCUUUUAUUUCGACUACUGCUCAGUGGCUGCUCUGUUAAACCCUUAACUUUGUUAUACUGUGUGCAUUUUAGUAUUUCAAGCAGAAUUAACUUUGGCUUUUAGCAGAAACCCGAGCUCCCGGGUUUUUAUACGUGCAGCAUUUUUGCUAUCUUGUUAACGUUACCCUUAGACUCCGAGUGGCCUGAAAACUGGUUAAAGUCAACUGUCAAAUAUUUGGCUUUUAUGAUGUUACAGCUAUUGGAUUUCAUAUCGAAAUGAUGUUUAACAGCCUCCCUGCCCCGAGACAAAGCACUGUGAGAAAGCAAAAACCUACGAUGGCGGCUGAAACUGAUACAGGCGGCCCUCUGCUGUGAGGUAGUCCAGUGUCUGAACGGAGAAAAAUACAAUGAUGUUCUGAGUUCAUAGAAAGAAUAUCUGCCAGCAUGUCUACUCCAGCUCCGUUGGCUGAGACACUACCUGACUAAUUUUGGCUCCUCUAUAUGCAUUUCGAACAGGACAAUGACUCCUUUUCAGAAGUGGUUCUAUUUUAGAAAAUCCCAGGCGGUUUACAGUCAGAGCUUUUAGAAGUGUGCCAGACGACUCAGACUCAGGCUUUCAACCUGUCAAGUUCUAACUUUAACGGUACAGUGUGAUUCAGAGUUCAGUUAUAUUUAUUAUAAUCAGUGCAUUGAUAUGCUUACUUCUGCUGUGGGUACGAGACAGAGAUAUUGUUGGAGAAUGGAGAACAAUCAGAAGACAAGGGUUUUGACUGUUUACAUAGUAUUGUCUGAAUGAGGAUGGGUGUAUUGUGUGGUUUAAUUAAUUCUGAGUACACAUACACACGUGCAUACUUCAGUCAAGAUAUUCAACACCCUUCUUUCUUGUUUCCUUUUUCUAUAAAAUCCUCUGACUCUAACUCUGAAUGAAAUCCCAAUAUUUCCAAUCAUUUAUAAUUUUUACUAAAAUUGAUAAGAUUUAAAAUACAUAAACAGAUGCAGACCACAAAUAAGUAUCCCCCACACUGGGUGAAUCUACUUCAUCAUCAAGCUCUCCACGCUAACCAUGACAACAGUAUAUGAGACGUCUCAGUGUACCCAGAAGCAGUAUUCAGCUUUCAAAGUCAGAUGACACACUUGAACUGCAAAGCUGAUAAACCCAAAGACAGAGUGUCCUUGUCAUGGCGGUCAAUGGUGCAACACCCAGUCGCGAUCAUCCACUACAUGUUUUCACCUACUUUCUAGUCCCCUGCCCUAAACUGCUCUAAAAAGUGUUGAAAUCCCUCUUUUCUUCAGACAAAUUAGUUUUUAAAAUAAACAUGUAAAAAGAAAAAAGGUUGAUAUUAUAUUCUGCCACAUCGCCCGCCCCUAGAUGCAAAAGUCUAACCAUGCAGAAGUGUGGCAAAGUUGAACAGGAUGAAUUACUGGUUAGAUGGAAAGAUACACUGCAGAUUUCACUUAAUAUACAGGCUGAACAUGUCAUAAAACAGAAAGUAAAAUGUAAGUGAUGUAAGUCCCACAAAAUCAUUAAAAUGCUCACUGACAUAGAGCUGCUCAGUGGACUAUGAUUGUAGUGAUUUAGGCCUCGGCUGGAGGUGUGAGGGGAGGAUCAACAUGUUGUUUAGGGAUUUGCCGAGGAAGAAAACCAUUUAUUUGUGUCCUGGUCUUCCUGCAAAUGGCACACAGGAGGACAAACUCCUUUAAAUGCUCCUCCUUUUUGGGUAACCAUGACACCAACUCACUUAUUUUUACAGGACCCCCCCCCGCUGUACGCUUGUGGACCGCUCUGCUGAAACACAAGACAUAAAGCAAGUCCUACUGCUACACCUCUACAGCGUAAUGGAAAACAGAUGCAGGCGUACAGUAAAACUACCCAGGCUGAAGAGUGGCUUUGAAUGGCUGAAUGUUCAUCUAAGUUUGAAAUAAGCGGUAAUCUAUCAUUGCCCCCACUGCUUAAUGGAGCAAAGCCCGAUAAGCUGACAAAAUGAAUAAUACAGGUUUUAACUUCACAUGAUAACAGACAUGCAUGUUGCCUCAUGAUGGAUGCUGAACUGUAUUGUAUUGAUGCAUUUUCUAUCUCCUUCACACUGGUGCUCGGUGAGAACAGUAGCAUUUAAGGGAUGUUCCCAAGAGUUUAAUGCCUUUUUUUUGGAACAAAUUAGACGUCUUUUCAAAUCUGCUCAUGUUCCCUGGCGCCAGUAAUGAAAGCUUCAACUGCAAUUUUAACAUACUGUGUUCAUAAAGCCACCUCAAGGAAUUCAGAUAAGAUCAUAAAAGAAAGAGCUGAGGGAUAUUACAGAGCUAGAAAAAAAAAACAGAAAUUAAUACGAAAAUACUUCCACAAAAGACAUCAUCAGGUCCUUGAAGGGCUUGUUCGUGAUUGAACAUGCUGGUUAUCAGAAGCAGCUUUUAAAACCAGGAACAAAGAAUUUGAUUUAAUGUACAGAUUUCAAAGUGGACAUGCAAUAAGAGCGACUACUGCAGAUCUAAAUAAAUACUGAAGGGUACUAGAAUAAGUAAAAGAUCAUGUAUAGUGAGAAGGUAGUGAUGCAAAAUAGAAUCCUGACAGGGUAAGCAGAGCACCGAUGUGAAAUUAAGGAAUAGAGUCUCUAUAUUUCAUCCAUUAUCCUGCUUAUUACCCUGCUAAAGACACAAAAUAUUCAUUGACAGUAGGGCUGUAAAGUCUGAGUCGAGUGGUCAUCUUAUUGGUCGCUACGUGCAGAGUCAACCAAAAUUCUGAUUGGUCAAAGCCUAUGGUUAAUUUCAUCAGGUAACAGCCUGUCUCCCUGAUUAGUCGAAUUUUGGUCGAAAACUUCAGAGUUUUAGUUGACCAAGUAUUUCUUUGGUUGAUUACAGUGCUAAUUGACAUAACAUUCUGUUGAUUUAAAAGUUAUUGAAUCAGACACUGAAACCCCUUACGACUCUGCACUCAGUCACUGUGUAUGGAUUGCAGGACAGAAUCAACAGUUGUAAUCAUCUCAAACAGAUGCCGGUAACUGUCGUAAUUUCCUGACUCAACACCAGCCUGAAACAGACAAUUUUUAACUAAAUUAGAAAGUUAAUAGAAAUAUUUUGCCACAGUGUCAACAGGCAGAGGUAAAAAUGUGACAGACUCCUCUCCAGGGAUUAAUUUGAAGUUCAUGACUCGGUUAUAUCUCUGUCAGCUACUAAUCGGAGAGACUUAAAGGACUUGAGCACUGAUGUUGCCAGAAUGCAUCUAUCUUAUAUAUCGUUACAGAUUCAGGUAGAAGCUUGGAAGGAUUUAUAAAAAUAAACUAGAGAAAUUUGCGGACCAGUCAGAGUGUUUUCUGGUGAGUUCAGUUUCUUUGCUCUCAGCUGCAGAUGCCGGUCUAGAAAGUGAAAAGGCAGAGGGGAUUGUCUUUCUGCCAGCCCAGCAUUUUAUGUUCCUAGAAGGAUCUUAAACUGGGCUUUACUUAUCAGUCGUUGGCCUUUAUAUUUUUUUAAUCACCAGCUUUUCUUUUUUUUUUUUUUUUUUUGGUUUUAAUAUUCGACUUCCUCCUUUGUGCGGCAACAUCCACGGGGGCCCAUAUGUGGAAUCUGUGCCAGCAGAAAUGUGGCUCAUAACAGAUAUCUUUCAAGUGGCGGUCCAUGUGGCGUAUCCAGCAGACAAAAAUGUUUAUAUUGAACGUUUCAGCGGCUUGGAAAUCACCAUGGUAAUGGUCCCAAAGACAAAAGCCCUCGCCUUUUGUCAUGGGUAAUUAUCGCAGAGCAGUCCCCUCAAAGCCUUCCAUUUGGCUCCGAACAAAUUCACAUUUCAUUUUGCUCUCAUGCAUUAGACGAGGGGCUUUUUUCCCUCUUUUUUUAAAGUCAAAUUACGCUCAAAUGAAGAAUUUAAACACCCAUUGAAUUGGUCUCCAUUUGAGGGUAGUGGUUCUGUGUGAAUUUCCCUUUUCUCUGAUCAUUUCUAUAUUAUCAACUAUAAAGAAAGGAUAAGAAGGACUGUUGGAAAUGUUCUAAUGAAGCCACCUCCAGGAUUAAAGGGAACAUUCAAGAAACACAAGACCUUGAAAAUGAGCUUUGGUAUUAAACCCGAAGUUGGAGUGUCUUAUCUGCCACAAGCUGUUGAGACCCUAAAAACUGACAUGGCAGAAAGAGAAAAUAGCAUUGAGCCGUUAUUAAAGCUGAUUCCUCUGAAGUGUCGUCUCCUCAUGCUGUGUUUCAAACUCCAUGUAAGUCUGAACAAGUGGGUCAGAGAAAUAUGAAAAAGUAAUGUGAGCGCUGUGUCUCAGAAUCCACUCGGAUACGUACACUGCCAUGCGAUGACAUGAGAUACAAUGCAGAGCCACAGUUUGGGUUAUAUUUAGUGGUCAGCUCUUAUAGUAAUUUGGUUUAAUGGAACAUGAAUCACCAAAUGCAAAAUAUAGCCUCGUAUUAUAGCCCCGUCUCCGCUGGCCUCUGUGCAGUCUAUGUGGGUUUUCCAGACUCUCUCAGCGAUAAUAGGAAGCAGUUGCACAUCUGAGUUUAUUCUGACACAGGCUGUUAUUUCGCUAACUCUUCAUAUUUUACACCUGCCAUUAAACUGCAUCUCACAUGUCGGUCCUCCAUGCAGAAAUUCAGGUCUUGGUGCACAAAAGCAGCAUUGUGAUCCCCAGAACGAAACCUCUACAACAACCAUAGAGCGGUGAAAUAUAGAUGUUUGUGAUAUCCAAAACUGGAAAAACACAAGUGGACAGGAACAUACGUUAGGGCUGGGAGGUAAACCUGAAAGUUUACAGAUGUUAAUGUUUAAAAGUAUAUCAACUGCAAAGACAAAGAAGUAGAGCAGAACGAGGACAGAAAUGCCAGUGUGAAUAUUCCUGGAAAAACCCUGUUAAUCCUUUACGAUGUAGAAAUAGGGCUGGGCGAUAAACCGAAAAUUUACUGAUACUAAAAAUUUACUACAAUAACCAACGUCAUUUUGCCCAUAUCGGUAUAAACAGUGUCAAAUAAAUAAAUAAAAGUUGGUUUUGUAUGUGUGUAGGUAGGCUAUGGUCUCAUGUCCCUUUAAGACACUGUCCUACGUCAGAGACGUGACUCCACCCCAUCCAGUCCGUAACAAAGAGGGAAAGACAGGUGAGGAGAUGGAGGACGGUUCAAAAGUUGUAGCGACUGAAGUAGACAAAGUUAAUGUGGGAGGGGCCGGCAGCUUGUGGAGUAGUUAUUGUCCAUUUAUCAUUAUCAAGGUGAACUGAUCAAUAUGUCGUGAUAUUUAUUUGAGGCCAUAUUGCCCAGCCCUAGAAUACAUACUGCAAAUGAAACCACAACACUGCAUCUACAUGAACAGAUUCUAUGUUUUAUGCAGAUUUGUGAUGUCCGGAUGGUGAAGCUUAGUUACUGUGCUGACUUUGAGUUUUGAUGAGUAUCUCUCUGAGUCAGAGCUAGCAUGCUAACAGGCCAAACUCAAAUGGUAAAAAUGUUAUUUGAAAAGAUUGCUCGACUUGAGUGGACUAAACAAGGCUAGGUAUUUGAGUAUUUUCCUCUCCUCUGUUUACCAGGAGGGAGUCCUUUCUUUUGGCAUUUUGUGUCUUCUGUUCUGCCACACUGCUGGCAUGUCUACAGGAUUGUUAAUGUAGGAGUCUUUCAUUGAAAUGCAUUGGCCUUUAAUGGACCUACUUGGCUUGUAAGCCAGUUCUGAAAAACCUCUCUGUCUCCACUUGGACUGGUACUGGAGGGGGUUUAAAAUGCCGGUUGUAAAAGGGAUAUUUCCGUCUGUGUCUGUUUUCUUUCUUCCUUCUAUUUCUGAUCUCUUUCUCUCUCUGUCUCUCAUCACUCUCACCCAUCUCACCACUCCUCUCCACACCCCUCCCCUCUGUCCUCUCUCUGCUGAUAUGUAGCCUGAAUCCUGAAACGGGCAGACUCUGCUAGUUGAUGUGGAAAAGGCUUCAGAUGGCUUGAAUGCAUCCUGCAGCCUCUUUUUUUUCUCUUCUUCUCUGUCCUCCACCACAGUUAGAGCGGCUGAAUAAUUCACAAGCAAGUUCCCAUAAAGAUAAAGCUUAUUUUUCUUCCCUUACGCAAUAAACCGGAGACGCACACUCAGCUUUGAGGGGGAAAAAAGGAGGAUUCUGUUAAAAACACUGCUGAUAAAUUUAUAAGAACACACGGCAAAGCUAACUCUAUAAAUUUUUCACCGAAUCAAGCUUUAGUGGUUGUUGUAUGGAGGGGAAAAAGAAAAGAAAAACUCACCCCUCGGUGGUAAAGCGAGUGUCCAGCAGGGAGAUUUAUUUAUACUUUCGAUUUUGUAAAAAAAAUAUGUUUUUACUGCAGUGUAUGAUACAGUUUUAUUCUUGUAGCCCAUUUAUAAUCAAGUUCCUCCUGUAGAAAUCGCAUGAGCGGGGUUAUUUUUUCUUUCCAGACAUUAUUUAUGAGCUCUCUUAGGUUUGAGUGUACAUGAAAAAAUAGAAAUUUUCCAAGUGCAGCCAAACAUUUCAACUGAGAUAAAUUGCGGCGGGCCAGCUCUAUUUUUCAAACCUUGUGUUCAGGCUAGAAAAUUGCCUUUCAAUGCUUUCACCAGCUAAUAGCCAAUUGGACUGAAUCCUAAGAUGAAUGAGAAAAGACAACACAACUUUGUGACGCUUUGUGCCCUUUCCAUGCUCUCUUUUUCCUCAUUAUACUCCUGUGUCGUUGAUUAACUUUCCUUUAUUGGUUGUCAACCUCAGGGAGGACAGCAUCCUUUAUCCUCCUCAGACUUUCCAACUUGUCUUUGUCUUGUAACUUCACUUUAAAGUUUUUCACAAUUUGUUUUAUUAAUGAAACUCGGGCUUUGACUUUAAAUAGUUUUUCCAUUCUCGCUUUAAUUUCCUGCCCUCCUCCCUGACAGAGCCGCCGCAAACUUUUACGACCCUCUUCACAUCCUUUUUGUCUCAUUUGAAACACAUUAUCAUCCAUCUGACAAUGGAUUUCCUGUUAUUUUUUUAAAGCUUAAAUUUUUCAAAUCCACUGUGGCAUUGUUAUCUUAUGUGUCCCCUGUGUCGUGCGGGGUUUCUUUCCUGUCCUGCUCGCUCUUUAUCAAAAUCUUGUCAUUUCCCAGAGGAAAACAGAACACUCUGUCCUCCCAUGUUGUUUUCCAAGAAUAGACGACCCUCUUAUCUUGUAAUUGUACGUCUCUCAAAAUUGCUUCCUACCCCCCACUGUUCCCAUGUACCAGUCUGAUUUCACUCUUGACUUCAAGAGUCCACCUUAGAUAAUUUCCACUUAACUCGGAGUGCAAAUUGGUUCAGAAGAAGUUUUUGCUUUAUUAGUGAAAUUACUGGCUGCUGUGUUUGACUCUUUUAUGCUCACUGUUAAAUCAUAAGGUUGUGGAUGUUACACGCUAAUCCUCUUUUGAACUUCAGAGAAAACGAUGUGAAUAAAACCUUACUGCUUUUGGAUCUUAACUUAAAGGUUUUUUUAUCUCUCCAAGAAAUAACUGAACUUUUCUUGGACAGUUACUUUUUUAUUGUUCGGUUUGUUUGAGUUGGACAUGUAUGAAAUAAAUCGCUGGAAAAUGUUUUUAUUUUUUCGUACAGUGAAGCCAGAAUUUGGUCGGAAUUGAAAAAUAAGGUGCAGUUCAGGUUUCAAGGUCUUAGCAGGGUCAUUUGUAAUCCAUCAAACCAAAGGAGAUCUCAGGUUUUCAUUUAAAAGGCAGUUUUAGUUCACUAGUAUGUUGGGCUGGGCGAUAAAUCAAAAAUUUACCAAUACUGAAUUUUACAACAAUAACAGAGGUCAAUUUGUCAAUAUCCGGAGCUGCCAAGCGUCACGCUUUGAGUGUGACAGUCACGCAAUUUGACCCAUUCUCACGCCACACUUGACGUUUCUCACGCUUAUUUUUCCCUGUUCAAUACUCUGUAUUUAUUUUUUUCAUGAUAAUAAACUUGGCUUGUCGUAAUUUGAAUAACUCUGGUUGACUGAGUGAUAACCAAUCCAAAACCAAUCCAUCAGUCCUUUGUGCCUAAUGCUGUGUUACCUUGGAAGUCAGAUGUCGGAGCUUAAAACGAUGACACACCCGAGUUCCCAGCGUUUCAGUAACAAAAUCGGGAAAAAGCAAAAUCGGAGGUGAAAUCAAGAUGACUACAUUUACGAAAGUUAUUUUAGCGCUUGCCUUGUCCCGAAUAAAAGGACGUCUAUUCAACUCUAUUCGACUCUAAAAGGAAGGAAACACUCAAACAAGAAUCCAAAUUUCAGUACAAUUAUUAUUAAUGUGGCUAAACUUGGGAUCCCAAAAUAUUCAGGUAAACCCUCUAAUCCUUUCAGUGACUAAUCCUCCACAUCCUCUAUCAUUUAUCUCUGAACUGGAAACCAAUAAGUCAGAAAUAUAAUUCUUUGGAACAAACUCCUGAACAACUCAAGAUGCUGUAUUCUGCUGUGGAAGUUAAGAAAUAUUUCCACGGUAAUGUUAGGUAGCUGUGUUGCAGGGGGUACUUCACAGUGUUUGUGGGGGAAGGGGCUUGAGAGCUGUAAAGUGCAAGUGUUGUAGGCAAAGGUGACACAGUGCAUGAACAAAGGUCAGGAGGGUUAAUUCAGGAGGACACUCAUAAAACGGAUGAUUAUCUCCAUCUAGACUGAAGCUCCUGGAUUGUAGCUGCUAUAGUCAAGCCACUGCAGCGUCUUCCUGCUUCCUGCUGUCACCAUGAUGGAAAACACCAACACCUAAACGGCACAUGCAACUUUAAAUUCAACACGAGGAGAAUUAAGUUCUCAGCGACCACCUACGAGCUAAGCAUGCAGGUGCAGCCGAUCAGAGGUGGGUCUGCAGGAAACCACAUCAGAAAAGCUGGCAGAGCACCACAUGGAGUGAGGGAAUCACCACAGACCUGUCGGUGAAACCACAUCUAAGAAUCUACCAAAAGAGCUCGCUCAGUGGGUGGCAACUGUCAGGAUCAAUCUGGUUUCUAAAUCAGAACAACAGAAAGAAAAACUUCAGAUUUUAAAAUGGACUUAAACGGUUUUAAAUGCAAAAUACAAGAAUUCUAAACGUGUUUAAAACCUAAAGAACAUGACUAAAACAAACUUGUGAAGCAAACUAACAGUAUUAGAGCCUCAUCCUGGAAUACAGUGCAAGAUUUUUUUCACUUUAUAAACCAUUAGUGUUUCCAUGGGUACGCCAGAGUAUUUUGCAAACACUGUGAAGCGCUAACAUCCUUCACCAAAAGUAUAUCAUUGUAUUACUUUACGUGCCGUUGGCGAUUGCAGCCCGCGGGGCAGGAUACGCGCCGUGUUGUUGCUCAAGGUUGGCAGAGCAGCAAAGCCCCCGCGCUCAGGGGAGUGGGCUUUCCCCCCGCCGCACAACAGCCAUUACUCUAAAUCACCCUCCCUCCUCUCUCUCUCUCACUCUCUCUCUCUCUGACCUCCGCUAGCAUCCACUGACCUGGAAAAUAUCAGGCGAGUCCAAGCCACCAAGUGCGGCGCUGGCCUUUGCUUCGCCUGCAAACAGCAGAAAUAUUGAGCCAAUUACAAGAUGAUUAUCUGGUGCGAGUGGCAGGGGAACACUGUGGGAGUGUAGUUAUGUCUGCCAGGGCUCCCUGCUGCAGGAGGAAAAAUGAAUCAAAGGCUUACGGGGGGAGAAGUGGACGGCUCUCGCUCGCCCACUUGCCUCUGUGUCUUUACAACUCCUGUCAAUUGACAGACUUUGGCCGAGAUCCAAGCUGCUUUCUGGAAGAAUAUCACCAGGAGAGGCCCAUUCAGAGCUGAUUGUUUUUUACUCCUUCCUAAUUCAUACGUCAAGUUGUCUUUUAAUGCGCGCGCUGGAUUUAUCGUAAAUAAGACCUUAUGGUUCUGUCAGAGUUUUUUUGGCGUUUAGCGAAGAGGCAGACAUGAGUCACUGCCUGUAGAUGAGGGCAGAGUAGAGCUGGUUUAGGAAAGCAGUGAUGCAUCAGGCCUUUCUUCCAAAGUGGUUACUUUAUAGACAACCCUACAAAGGACUCAUUGAGUGAUGUACUGCAUGUUAGUGUUUACAUUGGAUUUGGAUUUUUAAUAGGGAAUAAAGAUGCUUGAAUGAACACUGGCAUCUCUUUUCCUGCUAGUUAGUUCCAUAUGAGCGGAAUGACGUACAUUACAACAUGUGUUAUGUUCUGUCAUGUACACAAGCUGUUUUGUUUUGUUCUUAGCUUGUAAGUCAUCCUACACUUUUUUUCUUUCUCACCCUGAAGUUCAUGCCAAAGCAGUCAAUUUGAUUUAAAGCGAGGCCGCAGUUCAUGCGCGGUGUUUCUUCUUUCAGUCGGAGUCGAAGUCCUCUUUCAUGAGUAAAACCUGCUGCCCGUGUUUCAUGCAUCACUGCGUCUGGGGAGUCAUAUUUUAACAGCACAGAUGAAGACAUCAAAGCAGGACGUGGAGCUGCAGUAAAUAUUAAGAGCUUGGACGUUCUGUCAUCUGUUACAUCACCUUCCCUGCCAAUAAAGUUUCAUUUGAAAACGCAGCGUGCUUCUGCUGCAGGGUGGAAAGAAAUACCCCAGUGUGGUUCGGUUACAGUAAAAACCAGCGUUCCCUGCCCCUUUUUUGCCAAACAGAAAACCUAAAAGUUGAGCAGUAAUGUUCUUCGCUUGUAGUAGAUUUAUGAGUGUAAGUCGCUUUAUUGACUGGUUAAUUGACAGAAAGUUAAAACAAGGUCCUUUGGAGACCUACUUAAAUUGAAAUACUUAAGGUGCCAGUUUGGCUCAGGUAAUUCAAAUCUUUAGAUUCGUGGGCCUACAAGCAAACAAAGUCUUUUUGUACCCAACAAAAUCAUCCUGCUGUAGGUCACUAUUCAACUGAUCCAAGUCCAUGUUCACAUCUUGGCUCCUCAAACAACUUUUAAUUUGCUCUCUGUGCAAAUUUGAUCGCUGUGAUUUGUUUUUUGGACUUUUACAUGAAAGGGCGGGGAUCUGCAAUGUGUUCUGAAACAUUUUAGUUUGACUAAGGGUCUCAGGAAGCAGCCUGUCAUUGGCUUUUUUCCAAAGUAAGAUGCCUGUAGACCUUUCCUCACAUCGUUAUCCACUCUAUCUUCUGUUCACUUCUCUGUCUACUAUCCUUUCCCCUAAAAAAAUAAGCAUAAAUGCCUUGAAGUCCCACUCCCUGACUUUUUUUUUAACUAUUUAAAGUGUUAUCAGUGGUCUUAAAGUUGUGAUUAUAAAGUUUUUAGCCAAAAUCGCGUUACCUGUGUCAAUUUCAAGGACUUGUCUUCUGCAGAGCUCCAGUAGAUCAUUAGCAAUUCGCCUCUGAGUUGUGGGCGGUGACAGCGCUGCUCUGCACACUCGUCUCCUCAUCUCCACGCUAGUUUGCUGCCUGACAUUGCCAGUGUAGUAGAAGUGGCAGGUAACAUAUGAGAUAUUCAGUUCUCGGACACUAAUGUCUUUGGGGACAUGAUGAAAGUUAAUAUCAUAAUUAGCUUUCUUACGCACACGCUUGUUCCAUGUAGGAAAUCUCACUGUGUCUGAAGGUGCUGUUUGGGUCUGUCAGAGCUUCACAGCUAUUUGAAUACGGAAAUACUCAGAAAUGCAAUUUCGCAAUUUUUUCACCUUUUUUUCAUGAUAUGUCCUGUAGCAUCAGAAAAAUGCCAUAUAAACAUUUAGACAACAAGAAAAACAUGAUUUUCAUCAGAGUGGGUCUUUAAUCAAACUAACCCCCCCUGAACCCAAUGGACAAACCUGAAACCAUUCUGAAUUGACGUAAUCCUUUCUACUUCAACUUCCCAUUUAUGUUUGCUUACAUGUCGGACACCAUACCACCCUCCGUCCCUCACUGACCCAAACAAUCCACCUUCUAAGUGUCUCCACACAAACCCACCACUGAUGUGAGUGCCCCACAGAACAAGCCUGACACACACCAUCAAAUAUGGAUGCUUCCUUUAGUAGGGGCUCGUUUCUUUUUCAUAAAACAAUAAUGCCCUCUUUUGCACCAUGAAGUUGUGGUUGUUCUUCUAUAAGGCCUGUCACAGUAGUCUAGUCGUCCCUGAUCAGCAUGUCGCCACUACAGCAGGAAGUUGCUCAGGAAGACUACCUGCACACCAGCGCCCGGAAACCCCCUAUUAAUCAAUAAUUAGUCUCCAUGUUCUUUGUUAUUGACUUGUCAGCGUGGUGGCCAUUGCGGUCCCCAGUGGCGCUGGGUUGUUUCAAAGCGCCAUUAUACAGCCUGACUCUGGACACUCGGGGCGACGGGGCAGAGCUAAUGUGAGAGGAAAGGAGCCUUGUCCAUGCUCCUCUUUACACGGCUGUAGGCGAGGAGACACCGAGAUGACUGCGAAGGUCAGGUGACGGUCAGAGUUGCGGGCGGAUGUCAGGACAUCAGUGCACCUGUGUUGCCGCUCUUGCUUUUAUCGACUACUUCCUGCAUGUCCCCCUUGAGCUGACCUCAUGAUCUUUACCUCACAAAGAGGAUUCCCAGCAAAGACUCAGCAACAAAGCAUGGAUGUGUUUUGACACUGACCCAGAGGAAUCGACUCAAGGCUUUUAGAUCCAUUUCACAUCAUACACCGACAUCAUCCGGCUUCUGUGUUGAGCUCUGGAAGCAUCACCCUGAAUCUUGCGCUGCCAACUCAACCAUCGUUACAACCUUUUCUGAAUGUUUGCCCUACACAUUUCUUCUCUUAUAGGCAUCUCUAAACAAUCAUAAUUAUUUAACAGUUUCUGGAUUCUUCAUCAAAAAAUGUAAAUUUUAUUCUCAAGAUUUUAGUCCUCAAGAUUUGUUUUUUUUCUUUAUCUUCCUUCUUCCCCAAAACAUCUUUGAGUAUUUCCAUUGACUCUUUCAUUGCCAUCAUUGAAGAUGGAGGUCCAGCCAGGUGAAUAAAAUCAUCAACCAGAAGACACUGAAUGAGUGGUUUGGUUCUUUGCUAUUUAAACAGUUAGAUAAGGUGGUUGGACAUACGGCUGGGCGACAUGGCCUCAAAUCAAAAUCACGAAAUAUUGAGCACUUCACCUUGAUAACGAUAAAUGGACAAUAAAUACUCCACAGGCCGCUCACCCCCUCCCACAUUAAGUUCGUCUACUUCAGCUGCUACAACUUUUGAACCGUCCUCCAUCUCCUCACCUGUCUUUCCUUCUUUGUUACGAACUGGAUGGGGUGGAGUCAUGUCUUUGACGUAGGACUGUGUCUUAAAGGGACAUGAGACUAUAGCCUCUCUACACACAUCCAAAACCAACUUUUAUUUAUUUAUUUAUUUGACACUGUUUAUAUCGACAUGGGCAAAAUGGCGUUGGUUAUUGUAGUAAAUGUUGGUGUCAGUAAAUUUUCAGUUUAUCACACAGCCCUAGUUGGACAUUUAGUGCUGAAACUGUAAGCAAAGUUUUAAACUGCAUAAACUUUCCAAUGGCAGAUUUUUUGUUCUACCAGUCUGCAAACAUGUUUAUUCCAACUAUGAAGAAAGACACUUUAUCAUGAUUUUAAUGAGAUCUUCUGGGCUUUUGGACUCAGCUUCAAGUGAACGUUUGAGAUAUUGCACUGUUUUUAAAACAUUGGAGGUUUCUGCCGUAAUCAGGGCCGUAAUUUAGUUUCAGUGUCUUUUUGCUGGAUGGAAAAGGUGCAAAAUUUAGAAAAGGUAUAAUAAUUUGGGUUCGUUGAGGUAUCCUAAAUGAAAUAAAACAAACAGUGUGUCAAGGAGGAUGUUGUGUGGGGUAAUCAUCGUGACAGCAGAUAUGCGCCCUCUUUGUGUAAACCUCGUCCUUGACAAAGCUCUCAGUGCCCCGCAUUUUCAUUUCAUUCUGUCUAAGUUAAACGGAGCAUGAUUGUUUACCAGCCACUGUCUGCCAGGCAGAAAAACUGUGCCCAUCACAUCACAAAAAGUCACUCUGCAGCGGGAAGAAGCUGCACUUUGAUCACACAUGCUAGUGCUCGCUACCGCUUGAGCGAGCUUUGAAAAAAAAAAAAAAAAAAAAAGACAACAGAUUGGAGAGUUGAGCACUCUUCAGUCUCCGGGAGUUUCAGAGGGCCCUCCGUCUUAAAGCGUCUCAGUAGUUCUGUCACGGGCUGCAAAACUGCGUCUACCCUGGGAGCAGCCUGGGCCACUUUGUCAGCGCCAGUCCUCGCUUAAAGCAGCACCAACCAAGCAGAUGAAUAAUUGACGCCUGCAUUCUGUACUUUGGUGAAUUUUAAAGCUGUAUUCUGCAGAGGCUCUAAAUGGCAGAGGGAAGGCAUGUUAAUCAUUCAUGGGCUGCUUUUACCCGCUUUGCUUAAGGUCACUGUCCUGAAGGCGGCUGGGCAGAAGGAAAGCAAGAGGAGAGGAUUGGAGAGAAGAGGUGUGGCAUGGCUGAAUGGAUUAGCUUGUUUCCCAUCCUUUUCUGUGAGUUCUUGGUGGAAAGAAGUCCAGCACACAAGACCGGUUUCGCCAACAAAUGUUGGUGCCCUGGUUGUGCCUGGUUGAUGUUUGUUUGCAUUUACAUUUGAGGAGAGAUUCAUGGGAAUAUGUCAUCGCUGGAAAAUCAUAAUUUAAUUAGAAGAGACAAAAAACAUGGUGGAAGAAUCUUAUCCUGAUUUUCUUCCACCACUCGUUGCAAAAAAGUGAAAGACAAGAGGGUUAUCAAUUAUGCUGAGAGGUUCAAGUAUCAAUAUUUAAUAACCAGCACAACCCAAGUAUGGGUAUAGAGAUUGAGAGUCCUUUUUUUUGCACCUUUUAAGGCUAGCGAUUGAAGAAUACCCCUCUUCAAGUGGACCCAGGGGAGUCACCUUCUCGAUUUCACAAACCCUUGGGCUACAUUAAGGAACAUGUGACAAGGGAGGAAGCAUCUGCAUACUAUCAGCACAAGAACGUGUUUACAUCCAGAGCACAGCGCUGCGUAAACACUGCAAAUCAACAUUUGGUCACACCUCUUGGCAGCCAAUUGAGCUGAAAGGGAAGUUACCUGAUAGGAGUUAAAUAAACAUGAAGGUACUUUGUGUUUUUCCUUGAUUGAUUGGAGUCAGAGUUUGAUGAUAUAGCCGGAGUUUCUCCAGUUGUAGAGUUUAUUCUACUGACCCCCAAUUUCCACUGCAUCCGGAACAGCUACGGAAAGGCCGUAUCCGCCGAUUGUAACUAUUUAAGUUAAUGUGUCAAUUUCCACCGGCUUCUUUUACAAUCUACUGCUUUUAUGGUUAGCCUAUGUGGCUAAAGACAACUCGUUAUCGCACAAUUGCAUAUGAAUCUGCGAUUCCUGCUGUCCGUAAUCCGCCUCACAAAUGGAUCUGGUAGGAACUGGCAUACGGCACAAAUUGCCGCCAUUCCGGAUGCGUUGGAAAUCACGGGUUAGAUUGAUGAUGGCCUCACUGAGCUCAAACAAACAUCUCACUUCUUUUUCCCUCUGUUUCCUAUUUUCUUUCUCUUAGGGAUCUGAUGCCCAAGACCCUAGAAGGCCAGAUCACCAUGGAGAAAACCCCCAGCUACUUCGUGACCAAGGAGGCCCCAGCAAGGAUCUCCGCCAUGUCCCGGGGCACUAAGCUGAUCGUGGUGGUGAGGGACCCGGUCACCAGGGCCAUCUCGGACUACACCCAGACUCUGUCUAAAAAGCCAGACAUUCCCUCUUUUGAAAGCCUCACCUUCAAAAACAGGACUACGGGGCUGAUUGACACCUCAUGGAGCGCCAUCCAGAUCGGCAUCUACGCCAAGCACCUGGACAACUGGCUGCAGUACUUCCCCAUGGACCAGAUUCUGUUCGUGAGCGGCGAGCGUCUAAUCAGCGACCCGGCCGGAGAGCUGGGCCGCGUGCAGGACUUCCUGGGACUCAAGAGGAUCAUCACGGACAAACACUUUUACUUUAACCAGACCAAGGGUUUCCCGUGCCUCAAGAAGGCGGAGGGCAGCAGCAAGCCCCACUGCCUGGGCAAAACCAAAGGGCGGACCCACCCGAACAUUGACCCCGAGGUGGUGCAGAGGUUAAGAGACUUUUACAGACCCUUCAACAUGAAGUUCUACCAGAUGACAGGGCGCUUCUUUGGCUGGGAUGACUGA